UGCUAGCAUGGAGACGCACACUGAAAUCUCUCAGACACAGUCAGCAGGGCAGCCAUGAAGAAACAAUUGACAGACAGACACAGACCCAAUGCCAAAAUUAUUGAUAUCAUUAUGCCCGGACAUGGGCGUGAUCUUUUUCAGACGCAAACAACCCCCCACCCCCAACUAGCGGUGUACCAUGUCGAUGUCCUCCCUCUUUAAACCCCUCUUGCGUACUUUCUGUCCGUCUCAGAGAAAACCCCUCUGCAAACCGGCCUUCACGUAUUCGACACUCAACAGAGUAACCAGUCUGACCAACCACUGACUUCAUCACCUCCUCCUCAUCAUUCACAUCUUCAAGCUGUAUUAGGGCUCAGUUGUGUGAAUGGGCAAUGCCUGCAACUCCCAGCAUCCUUCAGCUGUCUAUCUGGCCUUAACGCCUCCAUUAUUAACAUCCUCAGCUGCAUAGUCUUCUGACGAAGCCUUCCUCACCUCUACAUUAGAAACACACUAGACUAGAUUGAUCUUUCUGGAUCAAUCUAACUCCGACCUCUCCAGCACUAACUGUCUUUGUUUGUCCUCUCAUCUGAUUAUUUUGUUCUCAAUCAUCUAAGAAGACUUAAAUGUCCUUUCAAAAUAAGCCACUGUCUCUUAAUCACUUAUUUGGAUCUCUAAAGCUGCAAAUCAAUCAUGUGGUCCACAUUCAUCGUGCAGGAUGAAGAGGUAAGGACAGGGAAUGCAUCUUCUGGGGUACACCAACCUUCCUGUGCGCUGGAUGGGUUUUUGGGAUCACGGGGCGGCGGACGCAAGCGCCGACAUAGAACACAACCCAAUUCUGCAGAUGGAAUUAGCGAAAGCCAAGAGGGCAAAAUCAAGCUGACGUUAUUCUUGGCUGUAACCGGCAUCCUUCUCACUGUGCUCGGUGUGGGCACAGAGUUCUGGGUGGAACUUACACCAUCCAAAAGCUUCUACAACAAUCAGACUUGUCUGGUAGCACAUUAUGGCUUAUGGAAAUGCUGUACAAAGACUUUCUGGGUGUCAGAUAUGGACACAAAGCAGGAGAUCUGUGGGCAUUUGCACUUACAAGGAGAAUCCAAUUGCACCUUCUUUAAGUUCUACACCACUGGAGAAAACAUUGUCCUAUUUCAGAAAACGCCAGAAAAGAAUCUGACAGUAGCAUCGGCCAUGUUUGCUAUCAUUAGUCUUUUCCUGAUGUUGAUGGGAUCUAUCUGCAUUAUCAUGGCAGUGAGCAAAGGUGUUCAGUUCUUCUUGAAGCCAGCCGCAGUUUGCUUCAUUCUGUCAGGUGUCUUAAUCUUCAUCUGCCUCAUAGUUUUCCACCAAUCAGUGCUUUCAUACUUAGCAAGUGACCAAUCCAUACCUCUACACCAUGAAAUGUCAUGGUCAGUGACGUGUGUGGGCUGCGCAGGGGCUCUGGUUGUUGUUGCUGGGGUCUUGUUCUUGGUCCUUGCUCUUCCAUACAGUCCAUGGGAAAAGUGCUUACCUAAGAAGAACAGUGACAUCUAGUGGUGUGGAGACUGACUCAUUCAGUUUGCACUGAAUCCUGUUGAUAAUGUGGAACAGAUGACAACAGUAGUCUAAUACAUUCUGGUGAAUUUGGGAAACAAAGGAUUCAUGAACUUACACACACACAUGGUGGUUGGCAAUGUGAUUUACAGAUGAGUUGGCAGGAGGUGGCCCAGACAUUUUGGCAGAUUAUACGUACCAUUACGAUGGAAUGGUUCAGUGAAUAUCGAGCCUAAAAAACUAAUAUAUAUUAGUUCAUAUAACAGAACAGAUCAAUAAUCUUUUGUGUAAAACUUGUGUGCAAUAUUUCUUUUUUUGAACUAUUCCUUUUAUUUGUUUAAUUUUUUAAAAUGUUAUAAUAUAUGUGUUCUAUAUGGCAAAUAUAAUAUAGCAUAACAAUUGAUGCUGUAUAUUUUGGUUAACUUUAUAUACUGGAGCGGUUGUUUAGAAAAUGUAUAAAAUCUAGGACUAUAAUUUUGGAAUAGUUUUGGAAUUUUGCUAAAAUAUAAUUUUCUCUUUCAUAAUGUGGAAAUCAGCAAUUCAUGUCUCCCUGUUAUUUUUUGUACCUAUGGCGAAGGAAAUAAGUGAUCCACUUGAAAUCCACAACAAAGCUGCUUGAGAUACAUCAAUGAAUUUAUUCUGCUGCUGGUCGACACUGUUUAUUUAUUAACAGCAGUGCCUUGAAGCAACGUGAAGACGUGAAGCAACCACAUGGAAUCUUACAUUGCAUAUUUGAAAAACAGCAUGAUGGCUCACUUUCUGUUUUUUCUCUUUUUUUAAGUAGUGGACAAAACUGUGCACAGUGUUGCGUAGCACUGUCAAUAAAUCAUAAAUAAAGUGAUGAUUAUUUACAGGAACUUUAAAUGUUCUGGCUGAUUUGCAGAAGCAUACAUACUGAGAAAGUGAAAUUAGAAAAAGAUACGUACCAGCUUAAACUGUAGAAAUAUGUUGUGAAAGUCACAGACAGAGGGCAGUUUAGUCUUUCAGGAGGAAUUUCAGUUACAUGAUGAUGCUUCUAGCCAUAUUGAAAAUCUCAUUUUCUGUUUUAUGUGGUUUAGUCUGGCAGCUGACAGUGCCAAUGAAAAGCCCAGUUGAAUCAUCUCCGGUUUUGACCAGCCCUUUUCAUCUGGAGGUGGUCGCUUGAUGACAGCAAGAGAUGAAUUCAAAUCUAAAGCAUUAAUUAAAGGCCCCAAUGUCUACUGCUGUUGCUCCUGCUGCUUCUCAUUGUGAGCGCUGACACUGAUGCUGAUCUAGAAUCAGUUAUUGAAAGUGUUAGAGGAAAGCAGAUCAUAAUAAUGAGAAACUUUCAUUGUUGGCUGCCUCUGGUGCAUGACAGAAAUAGCUUUCCUACUGAGUUGGGCUGGAUUAUGCAACAAUCCGAACUAGGAAUACAUUGGUUUAAAAAUCAAACUUUGAGUAUUUUAUUUCAUUUAUUAAUGUGACCUUUUUAUAAAACAAAAGAAUAUAUAUUUAUUUGAAUUAUUUGUAGGCUACAGACUGGUUUAAAGUGUUUUUGCCUUUCAGUGUUUUUUCUCCUCUUGCAAAACUAGGCAAAUUGUUUCUAAUUAAUAAAUAUUUUCUGUGUCUUCUUGGUAUAAAUUCUGUUAUUAUUAUUAUCGGUCCUGGUUUUGGUUCACUGAUUCAUUUGAUGAAGAUUAUACAUAGACUAUGCUGUUCCCCUUCAAAAAGGAACUUCAAUGCUGCGUCAUGGCAUUGACCCUAUGGGAACGCUUCCACAUGAUCCGGUGUCUGAAGCAUGUGUCUACACAUGGCAAUCUGAUUGGUCGAAGUGUAGUAUGUCACUGAAACUAUAAAUAGCUGUCUGAAAUGUGCAUUAUCAGCUUCUUUGUCUUCAGAAGCUGCAUGUUUGCUGAGUGUGUGUUGUUUUGUUUGCUGUGAAAAACUGUUUGUGUGGUUUGUCUUUAGACUAGGAAUUAGAAAAAUAUAAUAUCUAACGUUUAGGAGAUGCCCACACUAUUACGGGGGACGACUCACACAAAAUCUGUGUGCUCUGGAUGGGUGAGGAGCAUGCACGGUCAGUUCUCGAGGAUGCAGAUAGGCAGGCGGGUGCUUCGGCAGAGCAGCUCCCUCAAUCUGAAAUGUUUGAGGAGAUGGUCUAGGUUGUUACCCGUGUUAAGUUACUCAAGUUACUCAAGUUAAGUCUCGACUAACCUAAUGAACAAUGAGCGGUCAGUCGUUUGAAGCUGGACAACUUCCUCACCUCUGGUAGAGAACAACCUUCCUGUCGUCAUUUCCCUGACCUCCAUACUGAGGUGUCAGUGGUUUGGAAGAAUCUGUACUCCUCUCGAGUGCAUACCCAGGCCACUUCUACCUACUCUACAGUAAUUGGGAAGUGUGAGCAUGGGUACAGGACAAUACUGAAAAUGGAAGAGAUGCAUGUGGUCUAUCUGUCCCACUCAUGCGCACCAUCAUGGAGGAAAACCGCCUUACCCUCAAAGCCCUGUAGGGUAACAUCCAGUCUUGUGUGUUAGGUCUAUGCAGCAGCAAGUCAGGCAGGUGAGUCCCUGCACACCAGGCUGACCUGCUCAAAGAGUUGGAUUAUGGCAAUUAGCCCCUGAGACAGUAAAAGAGCUCCUCCGGGCUACAGAUCUUGUGAUAAAGCACAUGGCAUGUGCCAUUGGUCAUUCAAUGGCUGCUAUAGUCAUGAAGGAGCGGCACCUGUGACUUAACCUCACAGGGAUUGACGAAAGGAAUAAAGCAUUUCUCCUGGAUGCACCAAUUUCACCUUCUGGCCUGUUUGGUGACACAAUUAAUAACGUCGUCAACAGAUACAAGGAGGCCAAGCAACAAUUGAUGGCAUUUAAGGAACGUAAUUGCUGUGAGAGACAUAAGGCUAGGUCAGAAGCUUUCAGUCUUCAGAGACUGUUAGGUCUCAUGACAGCAGUGGCCAGUGUCAUUCCAUUAGGCCUACUGCACACUAGACAGUUUCUGUUCAUAGUGUCCUGCUUAAAAGCAGAGGCUUUCAUCAUCUGAAUUAUCAUUCUAGGGUCGUAAGGGUUACGCGAAAUGGUCUACAUGCCCUUCACCUCUGGAAGAAGCCCUGGCUCCUCAACAGAUGCCUGGCACUCAGAGCAUGUUGCUGUUGCAAGAAUCUCAUGAUGAACACCUCCCUCAUGGGCUGGGGUGCAUUUCUCAAUGGCCACCCAGCCAGUUGCCUUUGGGGGGACCCACAUCUUUCCUGGCACAUAAAUUGCCUUGAGAGGGCAGUGUUUCUAGUGUUGAAGCAUUUCCUCUCACUGCUGAGGGACUACCACAUGUUGAUUCGCACAGACAACACCUCGGUAGUGUCUUACAUUAAUCAGUUCGGAAAGGUCUUCUGUCUCAAUUUCAGGAGACAAUCUACCAUCCCCGGCUGGAGAUCUGGAAACUUUGAGUCUGGCCCCUGAGGAGUACCAGCUCAUAGAUUCUGGUCUUUCAACCAAGGUUGUUGAGACAAUUUUGAGUUCUAGAGCCCCAUUCACUAGGAAGCUGUAUACCCUGAAAUGGCAACUCUUUGAAUCAUGAUGCGAACAGCACCACUUGUACCUGCCCUGUUGAUUCUGUGCUGGAGUUCCUUCAAGAAUGCCUUUCAGUGGGGUUGGCCAUUGCUACGCUAAACGUUUGUGUGGCCGCUAUUUCUGCUAGCCAUGUACCUUUGGAUGGAGCAUCUGUUCAGAGGCACCCUCUGGUGUCUCGGUUCUUGCACAGUGCCAGAUGGCCGGUCAGGUUCCUUCCUGGAAAGUCUUCACUUUUUAUGUCUGGUUCGUGCUUUGAGGAUCUAUGUCCACAGCUCAGGCCAGUGGCGUAGAUCCUCUCAACUUUUGGUCUGCUUUGGUGGUUGCAAUAGAAGUAGAGGAAGGCAUAGGAAGUGGAGCUCACGGCGCAGAUAGAGAGCAGAUGGGAAUGGCCGAACGAUGGUCUGGGAGGCUGAGGCGGAGCCGUAGAGAACCAGUGGAGGUGGGGCUGACGGACCUGCUGAAUAAUGCAGUUGAGGUGGGAGAGGAAGGCUGGGCAGGAUCAGUGACGAUAACUCCAUCUCAAUACAAGACGAUGAAACAGGCAUUAUGCUGGGCAGAACCAGCGGCAAUGAUGAAGGCUCAGAAGGUACAGGGCAGGGUGGGAAGCAUUACCUCCAUUUCCCAGUCUAUCAAGCAUUCGUCAGUGUCCAGCUCCACCAAUGUCUCUUCUGUCAGGACGUUGCUGCCUCACACACCUUUUCAGACUUACUUUGGGGCUCAGGCUUCUUAGUGGGCAUUGGCUCUGGCUCAGGGUCCAUAGCAAGCAUAAGCUCCCUGUCUGCAGUGGGCUCUGGCUUGUAAUCCAUGUGCGUCAUGGAGGGUGGUUGGCUGGGCUCUGGGCUUGGCUGCGUCGUGGAAUAUGGACCUGCAGUGGCUAUACCAGAUGUUAUCUGUUCAGUUAGGCCCACUGCAGACACCGGAGAACUGCUUCUCUUCAUUUUUCCCUCUUUCAGAUCAGGUAAGUCACAAGGGUAGUGGAAAUUUGCCCCAACCCAGAAAAGAGACUUUAAAGUGUUAUUAUCAAAGUCAAUUUGUUCGGCGAUCUGGCAAAAGUUAAAAUAAUGGAAGCCCAUCACGGGCAAGGGCAAUAAACUGAGCCAUAACCCUAUUUAGGUUCUGGUAUUCUGUAAUGGUUUAAGUCCAAGGAUGAAGAAGAAGGUAUAAAUAAUGACUUUAUUAACCAUAAGCCAACAACUUGAAACAGUGUGCCAUGUUGGUCAGUCACUACUUUAUUUAUGCUCUCAUGUAGUUUUUAUUUUCAUAAUUUUUCUUUGUAUGAUCUUUGUAUGCACUGAUUAUUAUCCUAAACCUUUUUAUGCAUGUGCAUCUACACAUGGACUUCAGGAUUUGUCAGAUAUGUGAAAUGACAUCCAUGCUGAAGCCGAGAUUCUAUUGCCUAUUUCCAUCCAUCCGUUUCGGAUGUUUGACAUGCUCUCUUGAUAUGAAUUACUGAAUGUGCCAAUCACUGAGUGAACACAACCUUGUUUCUGGCUUGGAUGAAUGCAAAUUUGAUAUAAAGAAUAAAACAUCCACCACCUUGCCUUCA